AAACUGAUACACGCUCAAAUGCUCAAUGCUAAUCCUGUAAUAAUCGUGUUUUCAUUUUGCAAUCGUAAACUACACGGAAUCUGUGGGAGCUAAAAAAAAAAAAAAAAAAAAAACGCAUGUGAAUGAUGGUAGAGUAAGAAAAUAAUCUUUCCUAUAAAUCCUAAUCUUUGAAUCCUAAAUGUCAUCCACCCAAAGUAUUCAGGAGCACUGCAGUUUCCUGGAGAACGCUAAUUGUGAGGUCGCAUCUAAGCCGUUUUAGCAGCUAGCGGCAUGUGUUUACGCGGCAUGUGUAAACUUUGAGGGCGUACUAAAUAUAACAUAAGAUCAACUUCUGCACCGAAGCUCCUAAUCCAUUUUGUAUUUACAUUUACAUCUUAUUUCCAUUUCCUGUAAAGAUAGCGAACAAUCGUGAUGGGAUGACUAGCGUUGAUAUUCACUACGGUGUAUGAAACUGAGCAGGCUGCCGUUUUGCUUGAUCUGGAAUACAUUUUGGUUGAAAAUAAUUCAGGUUAAAAUAGGAUUCGGAUAUGGGUCAGGUGUACAGAUAGGAUUAAAAUCCGUCUCAGAAUCAUGGAUCAAAAUGUAAAUACAGCCUUUGUACCACUACCAAAUAGGUGCUUUUCUGCAUUGAGCUAUAAUUAGUGAGGCCCUGUGACUGCUAGCCGUUAGUGUCAGAUUGCAGUUUGCUGUAUCUGGACUGGUGUAGCACCUGCUGCUAGCUGUAACACUCUCUUAAGCUUAGCACAAGGGUACAGGGAUACUGUACAUCUAAUAUGUUUUUUUUGUUUUAAAGCAUCACGGCUAGUGCUAGUUUUUGUACAUAAUUUCUAAUAAAAAAAUUAAGAUUCCUCUGGCGUCAGGUUUACGCCGGAGCUCCGUGGAAGCGAAAGGUUUCGGGUGGAUAUUCCAGUUUCCAGUUUUAUGGUGAUGGUCGAGGGGGCUGGACUUAUCCCAGUGCUGAGUGACCUGACUGGAUGAAAGCACAAUCACUGAAGCACAGAGAAACUCAUACACCCCGUUGGACCUUCAUCUUCAGCUCUGCGCUCCAAAACCUGUUGGUGUUUGGAUGCUGAACAUGGAACGAUGCCGAGUUUCUGAAACACAAAGGCAGUCCAACGGCAGUUAAGAAACAGUCCCCUAUGCUUGGAGCUGAACAAUGGAAAGCUGGGUUCUUGAUGGAGACAGCUACUCCUUCCUGCGCAGUGCUCCACGUAACAUCAACCUGCAGCACCUGGAUGGGCCCAAUCGUGUGGAGAUCUUUGACAUCACUAAUAUCCCCAGCCAUCGUAGUGCGAUAUCUGAAACGACUUGCCUUUGUGACAUUUUUGGGGAUGAUUGUGAGUCUCCGUCUCUCCCGAGCAGCCCGGCUGCUGCCUCUUCACUAAAAAAGGUUGCGGAUGAACAGUGCGAAGAUCUCAACGAUUCAUCAGGUUCUUACCAUACAGCUAACGGUUCGGAGAAUCUGAGUGACGGGAGUGACGCGUUUGAGGAUUCGAAAGACACAAAAGAUUCAAUUUUAUCUGAGACUGGAAAAUCAAACACACAAGCAUGUGAUUUAACACUGCCAAAUGAAGAAAGGGAAGAUUCCUCCACUUCAAAUGGCUCAUUCAAGCCAGAAGGAAACUGGCAAGAAUCUCAAUUGUCGCAGGACACUGGCUUAGAGCGAGUUGAAAAUUCUUCUGACCAGCAGCUAGUAACGUCAACGUCUGAAUUUAGAGACACUAAAAUUAGAGUAACUGGUUCCACACAAGAGAUAAUCUCUGCUGACCUCUUAUCUGAAAUCAAGGGUAUUAGAGACCACACUACCUCGACUGAGCAUAGGGAAACCGAUUCACUGGACUCUUCACUUGCAAAUAGGGAUAUACAGAGGAACAAUACCACAUCUGAGGUGAGGGAAAAUGAUUCACCACAAGAGAAUAAAGAUUCUUUAAAAAGCUUGGCAUCUGAGGAUACUCCUGAGGAGAAUAAUGAUCUCAGCUGCUCUGGAGAGGAAGAAGAACAAAUCUCUUUUCCCGACAUUUUACUUACAGAAAACAACCCGACAUUAAAAAGCGACUUUUCUUUGUCUCUGACCAACUAUUCAAAUGAUGGCCUUGACUUUACUUCUCUUCAGAAGACUGAUCUUUCUGCAAAAGAUGAAACGCAUGAUCUGAGAGGAAUGUCGGCGCCACUAGAACAUGACAAAGUACCAAAUAAAUCAACAUGUGUAGGUACAUUUCUGUGUGAUGAUAAAGCAGGAAUGUCAGACUUGAAAGACUCAAACACUUUAUCUCCACCUACUUAUGUGGAGGAUAACUCUGGAACAGAUGAAGCAUCUAUGCCUCAACACUUCACUAUUUCUUCUGAAACAACAGAAACAGUACUCUUUGAUGAACAGAGAAGCCUGACACCUUUUUCAGUCCCAACAGAAAAACUAACAUCAUGUGUGAUCAGUGAGUCAUGCUCCCCCUCUGGUUCUUCAGUAGAUGUGGACUACUCAGAGCCACCAAUAAUAAUACACUCACCUGUGGGUUUCAGUCUUUGCCCUUCACCAGAACCCAAGAAGACUUGUUUAGCUGGACCAGAAGAUUUUGAGUUCACACCUGACAGUCCAGAAAGCGAAUACAGACUUACACCUACAGAUGGAGGUUCUGUUUCAUCGUUCGAUUCCAAACUAUGUCCUACACCUGAGUCAAGGAGUGUUAUGUCUACACCAGAGAACAAUCCAAAUGCCUUUAUAUAUGAAUUGAGUCCUGCGGCUUCUUCGGCUGAACUGAGAUCUGCAAGCUGUUCUCCUGAAAUCAAAAUAACCACAUAUAGCUCCCAGAAUCAACAGUCACUUCAGAUUGAGAACAAUGACUUUCCAUCCCAAAAUGAAGUUCUAGCACAAAACCAUGAUUUAGAGGAAAUAAUUCAUGCAGAAGGUUUUAUGCCAACUACACUUCCUGGGAAGGAAUUUGCAGAUAGGACUGUUUCAACUAUCUACAACCUUUCAUCAGCACAUGGAGAAAUAUAUAGUUUAUCAACAACUUUACCAAGAGAUACCGAGUCUCCUGAUCUCAAAGGAACAAGAUAUGCCAAGAGCCCUAUGUCAAUUAUGCUUCCGACAAACAAGAUUAUCUCCUCUAACGUUUCAAUGGACAAGUGCACAAUUGUUCCACAUUCAGCCGAAAAAGCUACAGUGUCUCCUGAUGUACAUGAAAUAAGAUUUGUUGAAAAUUCCAUCUCAACAAUACAAAUUCCUGCAAAUGAAACAACAAACAUGGCCACCUCACCAGUCUCCAACCUUUCAUCAACAGAAGAAGGCAUAACCAGAUCACCAUUCACUUUAGGUAUAUCAGGAGACACAUCAUCUCCUGAUGUAUUCAGAGCAAAAUCCACUGAAAACUCUAUACCAAAUACACUUUUCACAAAGGAUAAUGAAAAUAUGUUCAGCUCUCCCAUUUUAGACUCUUUAUCAACAGAGGGAGGAAUUUCAAGACCCUCAAAUGGAAGUGCACCAAGAGACACAGGAUCUCCUGAUAGAAUUGUAUGUGUGGAAAAUCCUGCAUCGACUACACUUCUCACAAAUGAGCCCACAUUUUUGGCUAUCUCACCACUUUCCACCCCUUUCCAAUGUCCAACAGCAUCAAAUGUAAGUAUACCAGAAGAUACAAUGUCCCCUGAUGUUGAAGCAACAACUGUUCAAAACUCCAUGUCAACUAUUCUUCCCAUAAACGAGAUUGAAAAUGUGGUCAUCACACCAAUUACACACCUCUCAUCAACAGAAGGAGGUAUAUCUAGAUCACCAUCAACUUUAACAAGUUUAACAAGAGAUGCUAAAUCCCCUGAUAUAGCACCAACAAACUAUUUGGAAAGUCCUCUGAAACCCAUAGUUUUUACAAAAAAUACUACAAACAAGAUUUCUUCAACAAAGGGAGGGAUAUCUAGACCCUCACCAAGUCCUGGUGUGCCAAGAAAUACAGUAUCCCCUGGUAUAGAUGAAAUAAGGUGUGAGGAAAUUCAUAUAUUAACAACAGACCUAACAAAUAUGGACAACUCACCCAUCAACCUUUCAGUAAUAGAAGGCAUACCUAAAUCUUCAGGUGAUUCGUGUAUACAUAGAGAUACCAUGUGUCUUGAUAUAGAAAAAACAACAUACAUGGAUGGAUCCAAUGAGAUUUGGACAAACGAGAUGACAAAUAGGCCAAAUUCAGCCAUCUCCACUGAAGGAUGCAUAUCGAGAUCACUAUCACCAUCAAGCAUAUCAAAAACUACAGUGUUUACUGCUGCAGAUGGGUUGCGAUCUAUAGAAAGUCCUAUAUCAACCAUACUUCCUGAAAACAAGGCUCCAAAUAUAGAAAUGUCACUAACUGAUGGAGGUCUACCUAACCCUGCAUUUAUUAAACCAAGAGAUACCAUGUUCCCUGAUUUAGAAAAAUCAGGAUACGGUGAGAGAUCAGAAGAGAUUCUCACACAGGAGAUUGCAAAUGAUGCCAUUUCAAACAUCUCAAACUUUUCAUCAACAGAAGGAAGCAAAUCUAGAUUGUCACCAACUUCAAAUGUACCAAGAGAUACUUUGUGUCCUGAAGGAAUUAGAUGUGUACAAAGCUCUACGACAACCAUACUUCCCGCAAACAUCUCCCCUGUUUAUAAUUAUUCCUUAACAGAGGAAGGCAUAUCUAGACAACCAGCAAAUUUGUAUACACCAAAUAGAGAUUCUACAUCUGCUGAUUAUGAAGGAACAACAUACAAUGAAGGAUCGAAUUGUAUUCCUAUAAAUGAGAUAAAAAAUAUGUCUUCAUCCAUCUCUAAACCCAUACCACCCUCAGUUAUAACGACAGAUUGGCUGUCUUCACUUACAGCGAUAUAUCAAGGAAAACCUAACACAUUUUAUCAGCACCAGAACCGUGCAUGCCUUUGGGAUACAUAGAUAAUCACCUCUUAU